GACUCUCUGCAUUCCCUGAUGGCCACACUAAGUGCUUCCAACCCCUUUUUUGUACGCUGCAUCAAACCAAACAUGGACAAGAAGGCCAACCGGUUUGAUCCUGAUGUGGUCCUGAACCAGCUGAGAUACUCUGGGAUGCUGGAAACUGUGAAGAUCCGCAGGGCUGGAUUCCCUGUCCGGAGAACUUUUAAGGAUUUCGAUAGCAGGUAUAAGAGGAUUCUGAAGAACAAAAUGCCCUCAGACGAUGAGAAGCAGAGCUGCUUAGAGCUUCUCUCACAUUAUGACAAAACCAAGACGGAGUGGCAACUGGGGAAGUCAAAGGUGUUCUUGAAGGAGGCCCUGGAGCAAAGGCUGGAGAAGGAGAGGGAAGAGGUGCGGCGCAGGGCUGGCAUGGUGAUCCGCGCCCACAUCCUCAGCUAUGUGGCAAGGAAACAAUUUAUUGACAGCGAUGAGGAAAACGAUGGCUUCGUGGACACAGAUGAAGAGGUUUCCAACGGGAGAGUGAAUCUGCUGAACGGCACUGGGCCUCCAUACUUCCACGGCUACCUCUACAUGAAGAGUGGUCUGAUGAUCCCCUGGCGUCGGCGCUGGUGUGUCCUGAAGGACGAGACCUUCAUGUGGUAUCGGGCCAAGCAGGACUCCCUCAAAUCCGGUUGGCUUUACAAAAAAGGAGGAGGAAUGUCCACCCUGUCUCGGCGCAACUGGAAGAUGCGCUGGUUUGUUCUACGGGAGUCGAAGCUCAUGUACUUUGAGAGCGACAGCGAAGAGAAGCUGAAAGGAACCAUCGAUGUCCGAACAGCCAAGGACAUAGUGGACAAUCAUGAGAAGGAGAAUGCACUGAAUAUUGUGACUGACGAGAGGACCUACCACAUCUAUGCUGAGUCCCCAGAAGAUGCCAGUGGUUGGUUCAAUGUGCUGAGUCGGGUCCACAGCGCCAGCCCGGAGCAGCUCCUGGAGAUGAACCAUGAGCAAGCCAACCCCAAGAAUGCAGUGGGCACACUAGAUGUGGGCUUGAUUGAUUCUGUUUGUGCAUCAGACAACCCGGACAGACCAAACUCGUUUGUGAUCAUCACGGCUAACCGAGUCAUCCACUGCAACACAGACACAGCUGAGGAGAUGCACCACUGGAUCGGCCUGCUGCAGAAAUCCAAGGGAGAUUGCAGGGUUGAUGGACAGGAGUUCUUAGUCAGAGGCUGGCUACAUAAAGAGAUGAAGUCAGGAGCAAAAAGCUCUUCUCUGAAGCUGAAGAAGCGCUGGUUUGUUCUCACUACAACCUCUCUGGACUAUUACAAGUCGUCGGAGCGCACCUCCUCCAAACUGGGAACUCUGGUGCUCAACAGCCUCUGCUCCGUAGUGCAGCCGGACGAGAAAGUCUUCAAGGACACUGGUUACUGGAAUAUAAUAAUCCAUGGGCGUAAACACUCUUACCGACUCUACACCAAAAUGCUGAAUGAAGCCAUGCGGUGGGCGAAUGCCAUACAGGGAGCGAUAGACAGCAAAGUUCCCAUUGAAACGCCAACACAACAACUCAUCAGGGACAUCAAGGAGAGCAGUUUGAAUGUGGAGGCUGUGGAGCAGACAUACUGGAGGAACCCCAUCCUGAGAUAUACCCAGCAUCCUUUGCACUCCCCUCUUCUACCUUUGCCCUAUGGAGAUGUCAGCGUCCACUUGCAAAAGGAGAAGGGUUAUACCAGCCUGCAGGAUGAGGCGGUGAAGAUUUUCAACUCACUGCAGGAGAUGGAGGCCGUGUCCGACCCCGUGCCAAUCAUCCAAGGAAUCCUCCAGACCUGUCAAGACUUGAGGCCUUUAAGGGACGAGGUUUACUGUCAGCUGAUCAAACAAACCAAUCACGUCCCGCACCCAAACAGCCUGUCCAAUCGCGCCCACUGGCAUCUCCUCACUUGUAUGAGCUGCACCUUCCUGCCCAGCCGAGGUAUCCUUCGCUACCUCAAGUUUCACCUCAAAAGGAUUAAGGAGCUGUACCCCGGCACAGAGAUCGAAAUGUUCUCCCAUUUCGUUAGUGAGUCUCUGAAAAAGACCAAGAACAGGGAGUUUAUUCCCUCUCAAGAGGAAAUCGUGGCACUGCUUACCAGACAGGAAAUGACCACCACAGUGUACUGCCACGGAGGAGGCUCCUGCAAGAUCUCCAUUAACUCACACACCAGUGCUGGAGAGGUGGUGGAGAAGCUAAUCCGAGGUCUGGCUAUGGAGGACAGCAGAAACAUGUUUGCACUCUUUGAACACAACAACAAUAUAGACAGAGCUGUGGAAAGCCGAGUUCUUGUGGCUGAUGUUUUGGCCAAAUUUGAAAGACUGGCUGGCAGUGAGGAAGCUGAGGAUGAAGGCCAAUGGAAACUCUAUUUCAAGCUUUACUGCUUCCUGGAUGUGGAGAGCAUGCCUAAAGAGGGGGUGGAGUUUGCGUUCAUGUUUGAGCAGGCCCACGAGAGUUUGACCCGCGGCCACUUCCCCUCCCGAGAGGAGACCCUGCAGCACCUGGCCGCUCUGCGCCUGCAGUUUCUGUUCGGUGACAAAGCGAAGGUCACCUGGACUCUGGAAAACGUCUACCCUGUGGGUCGCCUACGCAACCGCAUCCUCCAGUUCACCAAGGUGGGAGCAACCUCGGGGACAGGCCAAACUCUGGAGCGUCGGAGGACCAGCUUCCUGGACGGGACCCUGCGACGGGGGCUGAAGACCGGCUCAAUGAAGAAGCAGCGCAUGGAGGAGGAGCAGAUGUUGGAGAUGUGGAUAAAGGAGGAGACGUCUGCCACCAGGGCGAGCAUCGUGGAGAAGUGGUCCCGCCACACCGGGGUGGACCAGCACCAGGCCAUGCUCAAAUACAUGACCAUCAUCAAGGAGUGGCCUGGAUAUGGAUCCACACUGUUUGACGUUGAGUGCAAAGAAGGAGGCUUCCCUCAUGACCUCUGGUUGAGUGUGAGCGCUGAAAAUGUGUCUGUCUUCAAGAGAGGAGAGCCCAAGCCUCUAGAGACCUAUCCAUAUGAACACAUUGUUUUCUUUGGCGCUCCGCAGCCAUGCACCUACAAAAUCACCGUGGAUGAGAGAGAAAUGCUCUUUGAAACACCCCAGGUUGGAGAGAUCACAAAGAUCAUGAAAGCCUACAUAAACAUGAUUGUGAAGAAGCGCUGCAGUGUGAAGUCUGUGUCCAGCUAUGGGACUAACUGGAUCAGGUGAUGGACUUGACAGGAUUCAAAACAUGUUCAGAUAAAGUACACCCGACGGAUAACCCGAGAGAAGAGGAGGAGACGGCACCAUUAAAAAGAAUCUCCUCGAUAGAGAUUGUGUUUCAGAUGUUUUCCCCGUCUACGUAGCAACGCAGAAAACAACUCCAUCCAGAGAUAUUCAUUUCCACAAAGAGACAGAAAAGGCUCUUGUGGCAAACGUGGCAACAUUCAAGCUAAGCACCAUUUUAAGCUUUACACUCGUCCCGUGUUGCUAACCUCCAUACAGUCUCCAAACAUGAUACUCCCUCUCAUUAGUUACACUGGUCAUUUCUCACCUCUUGAAAUGUAUAUUCAUGUAUAUUUUUGUGGAUUUGAAAGAAAAACAAAUGAAAAAGACCCUACCCCUUUGUCUGACAGAUAUUUAUUCGACUUCUGAAUCCAAAAGUGUACAACAUAAAUCCAAACUAGAUAAAAGAAUGUGUUUCAUUGGCAGACUGACUGUUGUCCUCUCAGAUGUUGCGCCCAAUUGUAAUGAAUGUUCUCCUAAAUGGAGAUUCCCUCAGGUUAUUGUGUUAUACAACUGUUGGGAGAUUAUCUCCCUUGCCUUAUUUAAGUUUUCAUUAUUAUUCUGGACUGAAGGAUUGAGUGCAGAUUCAGUUGUAGUUAUGGCUUUCACCGCUGCAUGUGCUACAAAAGCACAUCCCUAAUAAAUACAAAAAGAAGGAAGUUCCACAUGAACCACUGCAUCAGUGGAGAUGCAACAUCUAUAACCACUGCAGUCGAGUAUUUUGUCAUAAGACACAAUAACUAAAAUAAGUAAAACAAUUUUGCGCUUCUCUCCUAGAAAAAGUACUUUGUGUAUGUUGUGUGCAGACUUUAGGUUAAGUUGCUGAAACUGAUGUUCCAGGAUGUGUUUUUAGAAACAAGUAGGAUAUUGCUUGUUGAGUACGUCUGUGUCUAAAGAUUGUUUAACUGUGUUUUUUCAGUGAUGUCAAAGGCCAUGUUUGGGUGGGUGUAUUUAUGUAUGGAAGUAUCAAUGGAUUGGGAGCGUAACAGUCUGAGUGAGGUUAUUGGCAUGCUGGAAAUGUAUUGAUGCAGUCGUCAUAGUACUUUUGUUUCUCUUUUAGUGGUGCAUUCUGAGACAAAGACAUGUAGAUUCAAACACGUUGUUCAAAACUAUUGAUUUUCUUCAUUUUGUGCCCUGUUUCUUAUCUUUUGUCAACGUAAACAAAGUUUCGUGUGUUGCCCUCGACACCAAACAUGCUCAAUUCCUUCUGUUAAUCUUAUAAAAUAGUUUCUCUCUUCCAAGUAAAUGAACACAAAGGAUGCCAGUCAGCUUACAGUAUAGUUCAUGAGUAUGAUCCAAACAUUACGAGCUUAGUAUUUACCUCACGAUGCAUUACCGUCUUCCAUCACUCUCCAAUCGUAUUCACUUGGGAGAUCUGGUCAGCUGCCGGCGGCCACACCAGAGACUGAUCUUGCCAUUGACGAUGACUGUAUUUCUGAGAUUUCUGAUUAUUUUGAAGAAGAAAAAUCAGAAAAAUGUUUUAUAUCAGAAUUUAAAGAUGCUUUAAUAAAUUAUUGUAUUU